AUUGCUCCACUAUGGAAGGAGGAGAGAAAGCUUCACUCACUCUUUUGUCAAUAAAAGGCCCUUAAUGCGCAAUUACCCUGCAACAUCAAAGAAACAAUUCAGAGUGAGGAAACAAUAAUGGCUUCAGCUCAGUCUGUGAAACCCUCUACUGCCAUUGAGGCCUGCCAACCGAAAACCCAACACAGUUCGUUCGGUCAGAAAAUAUCGGAGAUGACUAACAAAGCUUUCAAAGGACAUCAUGCUCGCCAUGGCAGUACUCAGAAUCAGGUCCAAAGCUACAGCUCUCAAAGUCAGGUUGAAUCAAAUGGCCAUAAUGGUACCAAAACAGAAACUCACCACUAUGGUCAGACUCAGACCCAACAUGACAAGAAGCAUGGUGUCACCAAAACCCAUAUCACAGUUUGUGUAGUUCAAGCAGAAAUCACUGAAACCAGAGAGAGCCCUUUUCCUUAUGGUGCAACAACAACAUGCUUUGGGACUCCUGCUAAGAAAAACAGAGAUCUCAACAAUAAGAAGGAUAUCAAUUUGUUUCAGAGGAUUAAGAAUGGAAUGUCCCGCCAUAACGGUGAAGGAAACAACAGCAGCAGCAGUGACAGCGAAAGUGACAAUGAGAAGAAAUGUUCAAAGACAAAGACAAAGGUGGGUGCAACAGACAAUGAGAAGAAAUUUCCAAUGACAAAGCCAAAGGUAGGUGCACUUGAAGAUGAGAAGAAAUGUUCAAAGCCGAAGAGAAUUGAUGCAUAGAACUAAAAGCUGCAAACGGAUGCAACUAAGCAAAGAUUUUAAAUAAAGAGUGUCUUUAUAAUUUUAUCAGGUCAUUCUUGUACUCAAUAAUUGGGGCAAAUAAAUGCCCAUAUUUCACUUGUCUGUGUGUACCUUAUGAUGAAUAAUAGAUAUUGAACUUUGCCUA